GGCAUGUCUAUUUUCCACAGAACCCUCUCCCACUUCUUAAUAGUACUUGUUGGGGACAGUUACACGCUCCCAUAAUGCGAACGCCUGGCAUCAACUUGCUUCAUUGUGCAACCAAAUUUUUGAUAGCAUGAAACUGAUCGGUGCCACUGAGUGACGUUAGGAACUGGACUGACCUGGACCACGCGGAGCCGGAGCAUCGUGAGUAUAAGUCAGAUAAACCUCCAGGUUGCGAAGGCUUGCCCACUUGACCAAAGAGCUAAUUCUUAUCCAAAGCACACGCGGUGGCCUGGCUAAUACUAUAAUAGGUCUUCCAAUAAUAUUCCACAUUCGUCAGCAAUCUCGUUAUCAUGGCCGGUGUGCGACCUCUGUCUGAUGCUCCCAAUCACCCAUGUCUGCCGGCAUUAACAUUACAGAGGAGCAGCCUUUACUGUCCAACUCCAAGCAGUCAAGUUAUCAUGAUAACCCUCCAGACAGCUCAAGUCGCACUCAGGACGAAGAGGCACCUCCCUUGACAGACGAAACGAGUGACUCCCCGAAAGAGCCGUGGACCGGGAAGCGAAUAACUGUCUAUGGUGUUCUGACAUUGUUAGGAGUAUUUAUAUUGGCCACAUUCAUCAAAGGCUUCAUUGACGCUGAUGAUGUGAAUUUUGACUUUGGAAAAGCGUUCAAGAGUGCGCUAGGGGGAGGGUUAAGUGGUGCUGUAGCCAUGGUGUUGCAGGUUUUGGCGCUCAUGCCUCUGCGCACCAUCAUGAAUUACCAAUACAGAUACGGCACAACAACGACGCAGGCUACCAAGAUUUUAUACGCUGAUGGCGGUUGGACACGGUAUUACCAAGGCCUCACUGCAGCCCUGGUUCAAGGGCCAGUAUCCCGUUUUGGCGACACCGCUGCCAAUGUAGGCAUUCUCGCCCUCCUUCAAAGUAAUUCAUACAUGAAGACCUUGCCCACGCUUGUAAAAACACUGUUCGCAAGUGUUGCUGCGGCCUGUUUCCGCAUGACAUUGACCCCAGUUGACACGAUCAAGACGACUAUGCAGACGCAGGGUAAGGAAGGCAUUACAUUACUGAGGGCCAGGGUUAAGAAGUACGGCAUUGGCAGCUUGUGGUAUGGUGCUCUCGCGACCGCCGCUGCCACAUUCGUCGGUCACUACCCAUGGUUCGGGACGUACAACUAUCUCAACGCAGUCCUCCCACUUCCAGUGACUAUAGUGCAGAAACUCCUCCGUUCUGCUGUAAUCGGCUUUGCAGCUUCCGUCGCCUCUGACACCAUCUCUAACUCUCUUCGCGUGCUAAAGACCUACCGACAAGUCAAUGCUACCCCAAUUGGAUAUGCCGAUGCUGCCCGCGCCGUCAUCGCAGCAGACGGCCUCAAGGGUUUGUUCGGGCGAGGACUUAAAACCCGUAUCUUGGCCAACGGCCUCCAAGGAAUCAUGUUUUCAGUGCUGUGGAAGUUAUUUUUGGAUAUGUGGAAUGACAAGACAAAUUAGAUAAGUUCGGGUGUAAUGCAUAUAAGGAAGGGCUUGUACAUCACUGUUACCCUGAAUACUAGGUCACUCCGUUACCUUCUCAUUGUUCUUGAUCCUGCCAAGAGUUUGAUCUUGUGAUAUCUUGAUACAUAGAACAUAUCACACUCUUGGAUUCCAAAGGAAUGUAUGAUAUUGGCGUUUAUCUUGGACAUCACCAGAGACAGCUUGACUCGUUCGGAACUGAUCGAUGAUUAUGUUUGUUUGAACAAA